GGAAGCAGAGGGUUGCUGCCCAAGCCCACCUCUUUCCUCUCCUGGAGGUUAAAAGGCAGCAGGGACAGAGCUCCAGAAACUCAGACCUGGUCACCCUCCCAGGGAAGAUGCAGCGACUCCUGAUCCUGUUGGCUUUCUUUCUACCCCCCAGGAUGAGGGCAGGGGAGAUCAUCGGGGGACAUGAGGCCAAGCCUCACUCCCGUCCGUACAUGGCCUUUGUCCAGUAUCUUGAUGAGAAUUCUGGGGAGAACCAGUGUGGGGGCUUCCUGAUACGGGAGGACUUUGUGCUGACCGCUGCUCACUGUGAUGGCAGCCCAAUGAAUGUCACCCUGGGGGCCCACAACAUCAAGGGACAGGAGAAGGAGAAGACCCAGCAGGUCAUCCCUGUGGUGGAUCGCAUCCGCCAUCCGGAAUAUAAUCCUAAAACGCUAGUCAAUGACAUCAUGCUGCUGAAGCUGAAGAGCAAAGCCCAGCGGACUAAGGCUGUCCAGACCCUCAAGCUGCCCACAGGCAAGGCCCAGGUGAAGCCAGGGAGUGUGUGCUAUGUGGCUGGCUGGGGCGACACAGACGCAAGGGGAACACCCUCAAACACACUGCAAGAGGUGAAGAUCAAAGUGCAGGCAGACCAGCUCUGUGAGUCCCGCUUUGCAAAUUAUGACAAGGAGGACCAGCUCUGUGAGUCCAGCUUUGCAGAUGAUUACAACAAGGCCACACAGAUGUGUGCGGGAGACCCAAAGAAAAACCAAGGUUCCUUUGAGGGCGAUUCAGGAGGGCCCCUUGUGUGCAAGAACGUGGCCCAGGGCAUUGUCUCUUAUGGACCUCCACACGGGAUAACUCCAGGAGUCUACACCAAAGUCUCAAGUUUUCUACACUGGAUAAAGAAAACCAUGAAACGCCGCUAAGUACAAGAGACAAAAUAGACCCUUUAUUUAACCAUCCACCAGACAUAGGAGAGGUCUCUUAGCCCAACACAAUAAAUGUCUCUUAGCCCA